AUGGAAGGGAGGAGCAGCCCAUUGCCCCGUGAGCAGGGCAGAGGCGCCUCCUUCCCCUGGAACCAGGUCCCCAAUCCCAGCCUGACGGACCCGGACUGGUUUUGGGAUGAGCACAUCCAGGCAAAGAGGGCCCGCGUGGAGACCAUCAUCCGAGGCAUGUGCCUCUCCCCUAACCCUCUGGUGCUCGGCGGUGCCCGAGCCAGGGACGGCCCCAGCUGCCCAGAGAAGGCCCGGGAGCGGAAGAGGAAGCAGGACCUUCCCAUGCAGCAACCCCCGCUGAAACCAGGCCCUGCCGGGAGCCAGGGCAGCAGGAAGGGGGGCCCUCGCGUGAGAGAACAGCUUCGCCUGCUGAAGCAACAGCUGAGACGACUGCAGGAGCACAUCCUGCAGGCCGAGCCCCGGGACUCGGCGCCCGGCCCUGGGAGUGCCAAGCAGAGGGAUGGCUGUGGGCGGCCCGGGGCUAUGGACAGUGGGCGCCACCAGGGUUCCAGUGGGGACCUCCCUGGGGUGGACGAACACAAAGUGGCUGAGGUCAGUCAGCAGCCAGAGGAAGCCAGGUUCCUUCCUUCUGGAACACGAGCUUUGCUGGAGAUCCUGAGGAAAGAACUGACGGGGGCAGUGUCCCAGGCCGUGGACUCAGUGUUGCAAAAGGUACUGCUGGACCCGCCAGGCCACCUGACUCAGCUGGGCCGAAGCUUCCAGGGGCUGGUGCCAGGGGGCAGAAGCGAGACUUCACCUGAGGGAGGUGCCUGUGAAAACCCCCUCCCGCUGGCCGCCUUGCCCAGGGGGGCCCAGCCCCAGGCUGGAUGCCCACUGGGAAACUCAUCACUGGCCAAGCCUCUCUCUCCUAGAUACCCUGUCUCCCCAAGAAUGACCUCCAAACCCUGCCAGGCCCCCCCAACAAACUGUGCCAUGGCCGUGCCUUCCCGCAUGCAGGAAAGUCAGAUUCUUGGUCAGCUCCUGGGCCAUGGACCCCCUGGUCACUGGAGCGGCCGUCUCCCCCAGGGCGCAUCUUCCCAAAGUCACUCCUCCCCGGAGUCUGGCCUGCGACCUUGGGGAGCUGUCAGACUGCGACCGUCGGUGUUGAGCCAGCAGUACCCCGUGCCCUUGGCUCCCACCUGUCUGGAGAAGCUGCCCUUUCUCCCCUCCGUGAAGAUGGAGCAGGGGGGCCUGCAGGCUGCCGCCGAGGUGCUCCCGUUCCCUUCAGUCCACAUCCAGGAGGGUCUAAAUCCUGGUCACUUGAAGAAGGCCAAACUAAUGUUUUUCUUCACACGCUACCCCAGCUCCAACCUCCUGAAGGCGUAUUUCCCCGACGUCCAGUUCAACCGCUGCAUCACCUCCCAGAUGAUCAAGUGGUUCAGCAACUUCCGAGAGUUCUAUUACAUCCAAAUGGAGAAAUCUGCCCGGCAGGCAAUUUCAGAUGGCGUCACAAAUCCCAAAAUGCUCGUGAUUCUCCGCGACUCAGAGCUUUUUCGAGCUCUCAAUAUGCACUAUAACAAGGGGAAUGACUUUGAGGUCCCGGAUUGCUUCUUGGAAGUCGCCAGCUUGACGUUACAGGAGUUCUUCAGGGCUGUCUCCGCAGGGAAAGACUCAGAUCCUUCCUGGAAGAAACCCAUUUAUAAAAUUAUUUCCAAGCUGGACAGUGACAUCCCAGAGAUAUUCAAAUCUCCCAGCUAUCCCCAGGAGCUGCUUCGGAACGAAGAUCCCACAGAGCGAGGAGCAGCUGGCCAGGGUUUCCUGGGUUUGUCUUAAAUGGCCGCUGUGGUGAUAUAAAAGGGGCCUAAGGACAGACCUCCCCCACCCCACCCCAAACAGGAACUAUUACCAUUUCUGAUCAUUUAUUUUCUUUUCCCGAAUCACCAAAGUUUGACCUUAACUAUAAUAUAGAUCAACCAAGUGUAAUGGUGUGUUGGUAGCAUAUUGUAAAAGGAACACAACGGUGUUUUGGAAUCAGAGGACUUAAAUCCCCAACCUACUAUUUCCAAGUAUUGUGACCCUGGGACCUUGCAGGUAAUCUCUGCAUCUGUAAAUAAAUACUCUGUGAACUGUUACUCACUACACGUUAGUGUUUUCCCCCGUGGCUUUCACAUAAGGUUAUCUUAGUUGGUUUGUCUGUUAUUGUUUUUUACAAAUUGCUGGUUUUAGUUACCUAUUGGUCAAGCUCCACCUAGUUGCUAGACACUUGAAAAUACAUUAUCUUAAGCUUUU